AUGCUGAUCAACAGCGAGCUGCCCGGCGUCAACACGCGCGAGCAGGGCGGCGCCCCCGCGCGCCCGCUGCGUGGCUUCGUGCAGCGCCUCAAGGGCAAGCAGGGGCGGUUCCGCGGCAACCUCAGCGGCAAGCGCGUGGACUUCAGCGCGCGCACGGUCAUCAGCCCAGACCCAAACCUGCUUAUACACCAGGUGGCUGUCCCCCUGCACAUGGCGACGACGCUGACGUACCCGGAGCGCGCGACGCUCUUCAACAUGCGGCGGCUGCGGGAGGCUGUGCUGGCCGGCCACGCCAGCUGGCCGGGCGCAAACUUCGUCGAGAAGCUGGACGGAAGCCGCAUAUUCCUGUCGAACGACAAGAUCCGCCGCAAGCACGCGUCAGAGCUGGCGGUGGGGGACAUAGUGGAGCGCCACCUCAGGAACGGCGACGUGGUGCUUUUCAACAGGCAGCCCAGCCUGCACCGCGUGUCCAUCAUGGCGUUCAGGGCGGUGGUGCGGCCGGGCCGCACGCUGCGGUUCAACGAGUGCGUGUGCAGCCCCUUCAACGCCGACUUUGACGGGGACGAGAUGAACCUGCACCUGCCGCAGACGGAGGAGGCGCGCGCGGAGGCGCUGAUCCUGAUGGCGUCGACGCGCAACCUGUGCACCCCCAAAAACGGGGAGACGCUCAUCGCCGCCACCCAGGCGCGCCGCGCGCCCGCGCCGCCGCUGCUUCCUCAAAUUCUCUCUUUCUCAUCCUGCUCUCGCGCGCCGCCCAUCGCAGGGUCUCCUCGGGAGCUGCAGCCCUGUUGCGACUUCCUGACGGCGGCCUUCUACAUCACGGGGAAGGACCGCUUCUUCACGCGGUCGCAGGUCUGA